AUGAAUUCAUCACGAAGGAAAGCCAACGACAGCACUACCCCCAGAAAAAAAGAUGUGGUGAAAAAAUUGUACAAAAAAUACGAAAAAAACUGCACCCAAGUCGACCAACUCAUGCUGCCUUCUAUAAGGAAAGCCCUGAGGAGAUGCAUCCAAGAAGGAAUACUUUGCUUCAAGGCUCCGAACACGGAUCAGAUGGAUGAAUUCGAGAUCGUCUACUACAACACGCACUGCAACCAUAAGAACGAUGUCUACAACCUCUUCCCACUGUUUGAGGCCCUGAAGCAGGAGAGGUACCUACACGUAAGGUCUAUCUACGUCUGGAGUGUGCAAGUCAUCCUGCAAGAUGUCGUUUCCCUGUCCUCCCUGUUCACCAUCAGCAUCUACCCAAUCAAACACCUGGAACUCAUCAAUUGCAACCUCACCGGCCAACUGGUUGCCAGGCUUUCCAGAGAUUUCAUGUACUGUCCUACUUUGAUAUCUCUGGUGCUCGAUCAAAACAGGUCAUCAUCGAUAUUCCCUUCAUCGUUGAUUAAUAAUGAGAAUAUUUUUAAUCUACUGAAACAACUGAUUUCAUGUGGACGUUGCGGCGACAGUCUCGGCGACGAAGGCUGCGUGAAGCUAGCGAAGAACUUGAGAGGCAACCGGAGCAUCAGAUGUUUGAGUCUAAAAACAUGUGGCAUAACUUGGAACGGAUGUCAUCACAUCGGGAAAUUGGUCGCGACUACAGCCAUAAGUGACUGUGUUCGAAUGCAAAGAGAUCCCAGCCUAUCGUAUGCAAUGUGUUUGAUGCGUGGUUUUCACGCGUAUUCAUAUACGCCGUGUGGGUUUGUCGUUGAAAUCUCUGAAGCAAGCGCAAAAGAAAGGGUGGAGCACGAGAUUGAAACUCGAAGAAGAGAGGAACUCGAAAUUAGGAAGUUGUUGAAACAGCAGGAAAAACAAAAAAUAGACGAGAAACUGAAGGAGGGAAUAAUUGGAAUACUGGCGGCAGAUGACGACAAUAAGAGCCUAACCCCGGACAACAACAACAACAAUAACAACAACAGCAUAACCAACGAUACAAAUGACAGUAACGUCAAAGACAGUAAAAACUACGCAAACAACGACAUCAACAACGACAUCAGUAAAGACAACAACAACCAAAAAAACAUUAAAACGAAAAAGUAUUCAACGACAUUGAAACCUAGAAGUAGCAGCAACCCGUCAUCUACAAACGCUACUACUAACAAUUCAGAUCUUCCUCCUGUACCAAGUGUGGGUCCCUGGCUGGAUCAGUUGCAUGUGGGGAGAGUGAACCUCUGCCAUCACGUGCCUGACGAGGUGGUGUUGAAAGAAAUGAAGAUGAAACUCAGGAAGCAGUCGUACAACAUCCAGGGCAUGACGGAGGGCAGCGGCAAUCAUGAUGACGUCAACAACAACAACAACAACAACUGUGACCGGAUGUUUCUCUCUUUUGAGGAUUUGCGAAUAAACUCUCGCUCUCAACGGCCACACAAUCCCCACUUAUUGCCAACACCUCAAGAACAAAAUGACGUCACAGAUGACGACUUUGACGUCACAAAUUUACAGAUUCAUUCGAAACAGUUAUUCAUCAUCGCCAUGCAGAAGCUUGCCAAAUGGAUUGGCUCCAGCGAUACACUCAAAGAGUUGGACCUGAUGGGAAACGAGGUGGGAAAUCUUGGAGGUGUUUUCAUCAGGGAAGCUCUACGUGUCAGGGAAAAAAAUAAAUUGGAGCCACUGAAACUGCACAUGACGCACAAGACGUCUGACGACGUGGCUCUCUUCGUCGAACGUUACAACAGAAAUCAACCAAAAAAACUCAAAAAAUAACAAGAACAUAGCAAACGCUAACAACUGAAUUAUAUUUCUUCCAUGUUUACGCACCUCAGUUGUCUAAGGUGUGAUAACUACAAAGCUGCAAGUAAAUAGAUUUUCCUAUUUGCACAAGUACAAAUUCGCGCCUUCCAUUGUCUUCGAACAAACUUCUAUUCCGCGACUCUGAGAUACAAUUUUCUUACUGCAAAAACAGAAGAUUACACACAGAACGUCGACUAGUUUGAUUUUAUGAUCACCGAAUUUUCAACUUAAUAAACGAUUUGUAAAUUGUUUGACCGUUCUUAAAUAGUAACGAUCUCUAAAUAAUAAAUAAGACACAAACACUUCGGAGUCGAAACAUGGAACUUAAUCAUCUAUAAAAAAAAAUUGAAAAAACGAACUACAAACAUUAACGCCAAACAUUCGGUAGAAUUUAUAGAAUAUUGUGUAGAUAGAUAAAUAUAUACGUAGUUAUAAUACAUUUAUAAUGUUGUAUUUACACAUUCAAAUUGUACAAUUGUGUUAUGGUGUUGUCUCAAAUUAUUUUGAAUUUUCUCAGAAAAUUUUAAACGUUUUACUAUACUAUAUAUACUAGUUAUUUUUAUCAAAAAUUUAAAAAUUUUAUCAAUAAUUAAAAAAAA